GCUGUGGUUUGGGAAGGGAAGGUUUAACCACGGCCCUCGGCCAUCGGGGGGGACCCACACAGCACCCAUUGGGGCUCAGCUGGGAGCUGGGCUGAUCCUGUGGGAUGUGCUGUGCCAGCAUCGGCGUCCGGGCAAAGAUUCCUGCUUGAGAGGAGCAGAAAGCAGUGAGCUGACAGAACUGGGCUGGUGUCGGGAGCAGCAGCACCAUGUAUGAGCUCAACGAAAGCAGCUUCGACCCCAUCACCUUCGUCCUGACCGGCAUCCCGGGCAUGGAGGAGUCCCACAUCUGGAUCUCUGUCCCUUUCUGUCUGAUGUACAUCACCGCACUGAUCAGCAACUCUGUCCUCCUCUUCGUCAUCGCCACGGAGCGGAGCCUCCACGAGCCCAUGUACCUCUUCCUCGCCAUGCUGGCCGUGUCCGACCUGAUGCUCUCAACCACGACGGUGCCCAAAAUGCUGGCCAUCUUCUGGUUCAGCGCCCGCGAGAUUUCCUUCGACGCCUGCAUUACUCAGAUGUUCUUCACCCACUUCAGCUUCAUCGUGGAGUCGUCCGUCCUGCUGGCCAUGGCCUUCGACCGCUACGUGGCCGUCUGCGACCCGCUGCGCUACGCGUCCACGUUGACCCCCUCGGUGAUCGGGAAGAUGGCGCUGACUGCGGUGCUCCGGGGCUUCUGCAUCAUGUUCCCUCCCAUCUUCCUGCUGAAGCGGCUGCCCUACUGCGGGCACAACGUCAUGCCCCACACCUACUGCGAGCACAUGGGCAUCGCCCGCCUGGCCUGCGCCGACAUCAGGGCCAACGUCUGGUACGGGCUGACCACGGCGCUGCUGUCCUCCGGGCUGGACGUGGUGCUCAUCGCCAUCUCCUACGGGCUCAUCCUCAGGACCGUCUUCCAGCUGCCGUCCCCCGAGACUCGCCUCAAAACCCUGAGCACCUGUGGCUCCCACCUCUGCGUCAUCCUCAUGUUCUACACGCCCGCCUUCUUCUCCUUCCUCACGCACCGCUUUGGCCACAGCAUUCCAGGCCACGUCCACAUCCUGUUGGCCAACCUCUACGUCGUGGUCCCACCGAUGCUCAACCCCAUUGUGUACGGGGUGAGGACGCGGCAGAUCCGUGAGCGCGUGGUCCGCCUGCUCUGCCCUGCAGGGCAGUGUCCCCAUCCUGGCUGUGGGAGCCGCUGUUGAGGGAAGGGGGACACGGGAUGGGGUCUGGAAGGCAGUGUGAGGUGUGGUGACACUUUUCGCUUCGGGGUAAUGGGUUUGUCCACGAGGCUCUGGAGAAGCUGAAGGGUUUUUGGAUACGCGGGCUUGGCCAAUCGACCACCUUCAUUGCUACUGCCUUCUCCUGGAGAUGCUGCCCUGAGUGCUCCAUCCAGCAGAGAUGGGACACGUGGGCCGGAUGAGGGAAAUGUCCAUUGAACCACAAUACUGCACUCAGGACUCCACGACAAACUGCAGGUGGACAACGGUCUCAUAAAUCCCCACAUCCCAUAGGGACAUUUUUUUCUUUACAAGAGCGUUUCACAGCAAAGCAGUGCUUGGUGUAACGUGCCUGUCCUGUCCUGCCCACACUGCUGUUCGAUCACCCACCACUCUGUUGCCAUACAUUCGAUUUAUCCUUCCACACCAGGAGAGCGUUGUCCAACAUCUUCUCACUCCCCACGCUGGUCUACAGACCAGUUGUACCAAUCCUCGUGUGUUCUGCCUGAAGCUGGUGGCAACUUGCCUCAGUGCAACGAUGCAGAGCGAGCACCGGAUGGAUUUGGAGCUCCUUCUCAGUCCCCUGGAAGCGUCUCAGCCGUGGCUCUGCCUGCCCAGCUCCCAUCAUGGAGGGAAGCACAGUGGUCCUUCCAUCCUCAUCCUUCCAUCUGGAGCUCUGCAUAGCAUCACUCAGGUGAGUGGGAUUGCUCUGCUGUCUUGUCCUGAUGGUGGGGUCCCAGUGGCCAUUCUGGCUCAGUGGUUAAGUGCCACAAUUUCCAUCGCCCAUGGGGUGAAGAAGAGCAGGGAAUGCAUCAGAGCCUGGAGACCUUUCUUUCAUCUUUCCCUUGUGUUUUACUGGGUGGGGAGUUGAGAUAAAGGCUUGCCUCUCCCCCCUGCAUCAUUCCUGCUCUCUGAUCCAUAUUUUCUACCCCCCUCUUGGAGACAGUUUUGUUUCUGUGUUGAGCUCAGGGGAUUCCUGCCUCCUGACCAGUGAAACCAUCCUCAUGUGGGCAGCAACCACAGCCCUCUGAAUGCAGUGAUAUGGGGGCUGUGCCUGGAGGCUGAUCCUGCAGUCCCACUCCCACAGCAGAGCCAGGAGCCGGGAUGCUCUGCUCCGUGUCAGCCGUGAGACCCAAGGAACUGUGCUGUGUGGUGGUGCCAGGGCACGGGAUGGAGCAGGAUGAGAUGGGCAGGGAUACAGCAACCCAACCCUGCUCUGCUCCGGGCCUCGCAGUGACACUGCUGCAAGCUCAAGAGAAGAAGGAGAGAAAGAGAUCCACAGUUCCCAAAUCAAUAAUAGUAAUAAUAAUUCGUGGCACCUUCAGCACAUUUCUUUUUUCUUCGUGGUUUUAUUUUCUGUGUGUGUGCUUUUGUCAAAGCUGGGAAGCCUGUGAGAGGCACGGCGGAAAUGAAGGUCUGUUCGCUCAGAGCUGUUUGCUUAGCAUCACUGAUAACAGAGCUGGUGGAAAUGCUGCUCGGAUUGCUGUCCUCAAAGCAUUUUUGUGUCUCUCUUAGCGAAGAGUAUUUACAGAGAGCAACCCACGUGAUCUCUGAUGGGACACUGCACUGUAUCAAAAGCAACAGGUCAGGAGAGCAAGCCAAAGCAUGAAUACAUUCAGGCUGCAAUGGGAUGCUUUGGGGUUUUCAGGGCUGCCGCAGCAGCACAGAGGUUGGGGUGAGAUCCUGGAUGCUCGUGACUGCAAGAGGCUUUGCAGGGUCCCCCCAGCUGGUUGACAAACCCUCCCGCUGAAGAGGUUCUCCCAAAAGAUUUCUGACCAGCUCCAGUGGCAGCUGCCCCCCAUCCAGAUUCACUGCUGCAAGACAGUUCAGCUCCAUGGAGUCUCAGCUCCGCGGUUAUUUCCGCUGCCUUCUUCUCUGCUUCCCUUUUGUUGCCUCUCCUUGUUGAUGAAUGGAGGGGUGUACUUACCUCUAAGCACAGAGCAGUUUGGCCACAAGCGGGUGUGCUCAGGGCACACAAGUUGGAGUCUGUUGCUGGGAAUGACCCCUAUUAUCACUGCCCAUCCUGGAGAUAGGGAACGGUGGGACCACCCUGAGCAGGGGCUGCACAGGUGAGAAACAAAGCAAUAGACCCAGCUUCAAAGUGCUUCCAAGCCAAGUAUUGGAAAAUGCAUAGAGAACAAUGGUAACAGGACACUGGAGCAGGUUGCCCAGCGAGGCUGUGGAUGUCCCAUCCCUGGAAGCACUCAAGGCCAGGCUGGAUGGGGCUGUGAGCAACCUGGGCUAGAGGGAAGAGUCCCUGCCUACAGCAGGGGGUUGGGACUGGAUGAUCUUAAGGUUCCCUUCCAACCCAAACCCUUCUGUGAUUCCGAUGCUGUGAACAGGAGAGUGCUGGCCCAUAGGUUGGGUCCUGGCAUCCCAGUGGCCAGAACAGCGCCGUGCUCAGGUCCUGCUGGCUCUUGGACCUCUCCCAUGUGUGGGACCUUCUUGGGGGAAGGUGUCCCUGCAGGCACCACAGUGUCACCCAGGUUUAGCAGCCUGCCAGGUUGGGAUGGGUUCUGUGUGCUGGGUGGGUUCACGGCAGGGAUUCUGCUGCUCCUCUGGCUUUCCAGGAGCAGCUGAACAUGAGGAACAGCCCUCAGCCCCGGAUGGAGGUGCUGGCUGGGCCGGGGCACAGGUCUCAUGGGAAAAUGUCCCUGGGUGAAUGAAUCACCGGCUGGGCAAUUAGUGCCCAAAGGGGCGUGAAUAAUGGGGUAUUAGCCAGUUGGUCGGGAAGAUUUAUAUUCAUAACAUGGUUAAAAUGUUAGCUAAAUAACCUGCAUGAGCUCGUCGUGCUUCAGGUGCUGAGUCAGGCUCCGAGCUGGGAGGGGGAAAUGCUCUUCAGCUUCAGUGAGUGCUUCACUGGAGGAAGAUGGAGGGUGAACAAAGCCCGAUGUGUUCAUGUUCAAGUGCCACAUUUACAUUCAUUUCUACGGCUGCCUUCAACAGUGCUUUAUUAAUUGUUCUUCAUCUGCAGGCUGCAGUGGGUAAUAAAUUAUGGUAGCAAAGCUUAA